AUGAGUGCCACGACCCCGUCCAAUGCCCUCGGCGAUGCUGGCGAGACCCUCGCAUCUGCCUCACUUCCGUCUGCGAAUGAUGACCGUUCCUCGAUCGAUCGCCCCGGAGGCCCGAUCACGGCCCUAGCGAUCGAAGUACUCCACGGACACAUCGGGUGCGCUGUCUUUUCCGAGGAGGAGCAACAGCUCUUGCUCUGCGAGGACCUCCCCUACUUCUUUGCCUUCCGUGAACGAGACUCGGCCGCCUCGGCUCGACGUGCACAAUCAUCUAUGCAAGAUGAUCAAGAGGGAGGGAACACCACUGCUGCUGCUGCACAGAAUGCGGUACCUGGGUUUGGUCAUCCUUCGCACGGCUUCAUCGAAAGCUUGCUUGCACAGUUCGAACCACAUCUCAUCGUAGUGUCGUCCAAAUGUCCCGAUCCGCUUCGAGAUAUGCUGCGGAACUUUGCGGAACAACGCAAUGGUACCUACGAUUUGCGCGAUUCCAAAACCUUUCAGGUAGCGCUAGGAUUGUCAAGCAUUGAAGAAGCGACCGCCUACAGUCGCCAUCGCCAUGCAGGCGAUGAGGCACGUGGCAAUCUUGAGGAAAGCCCAUUGUCGGCAGUGGUCGUUCUCGACGCAAAGGUGGCCACAACCAAGUCAGCGCUGGCCAUUUCCUGCGUCGGACCUCUCAUGUCGAGCCUUCGUUGCCGCCAGGAGGUAGGCCGGUCUCUCACUCUGGUCUCACUAUGCCUCGACGACUAUCUCUUCGUGGACGAGAACACGCUCAAGAGCCUCAGCAUCUACUCGAGCGACGUCCAUGGCUUCGUCCAUGCCAAGCAGGGUCGCGAGGGAUUCUCAAUUCUCGCGAUGAUGAAUCUCACCUGUUCAAAGUAUUCACAGCCGCUGCUCCGACGGUGGAUCAUGCUUCCUCUCGCCAGAAGGGAGGAGAUCGUGCGACGCCACGAAGCCGUCGAGCUGCUCGUACGACUGGAGACGGCCUCCGAGAUGCCUCGUAUCAAGAAGCAGCUGGGAGAGUUCGGUGCCCUCCCACAGAUCUGUCACACGGUGAACAUGGGCCUUGGCACUACAAAGACGUGGAUCAACUUGCUCAAAACGUGCAACGCUGUCAUGAACAUCCGCGCCGAGCUAAAUAGUCUGGAGCUAUCGAGGUCCGAGUUGCUCAAGGAGCUUAAGGAACAGGUCGUCACCGAGUCGCUUCAAGAGCUAGCUGAUUCUAUCAACCAGAUAAUCGAUUUUGAGGAGAGCAAGGCACAAGGCAAGGUCACCGUCCGCACCGGUAUCGACGCGCACCUCGAUGAUUUGCGACAGCAGCUGGCAAUUCUGCCCCAGCAUCUAGAUCGCGUAGCUGCGGACCUUCGGCGAGAGGCAGCUUUCAGGCCCACUCAGGGCAUGCACGUGGUCUACUUCCCCCAGAUCGGCUACUUGAUUUGUGUCCCAGCAGGAGGCGUCAUCGACAUGCUAGCCGACUCGACCUUGGAGCAGCAAUUCUCCAGUCCGGAAAACGUCUACCUCAAGAACAAUAGGAUGACGUCCUUGGACCACGAUCUGGGAGAUAUAGCCUCCUUCGUCGUAGACAAGGAGAUUGAGAUCCUCGAUGGACUGCAGACACUCGUCAAGGAGUGCAGUCCAACAUUGCUGGCGGCGCAUGCGGCCAUUACGCAGAUUGACUGUCUCGUGGCCUUUGCUCGGGCUGCAACGCUCUAUGAUCUCAAAAGACCUCGGCUUGUCGAGGAGCAAGUGCUCCAUCUAAAGGGCAGCCGACAUGCGCUCAAAGCGUUGUCGGACGAAAGCUUUGUGCCUAACGACAUCCACCUGCAAGGCGGACUUGGUCUACCCGCUCGAACUGACGAACAAGCAGUUUCGACGGAUCGCAGCACUGUGGCAUCUCGGGCUGGAGAAGAUGCAGGACGUGCGUCUGUUCCAGAGCACUCUCAGACUGCCGCAACGAGCAAUGUCGACGAGAAGUACAGCGUGAUGGUGCUGACGGGGGCCAAUUCAUCGGGCAAAAGCUGCCUUCUGCAGCAAGCAGCACUCGCAGUCUUCCUAAGCCAAUGUGGGAGCUUUGUUCCCGCUGCAUACGCCGAGCUUGGCGUCUUCGACAAGAUCUUGACGAGGAUGAGACAGGACGAGUCGGUGGCGAGCGAAGGUAGCUCCUUCACGCGCGAGCUGGGGCGUCUGCAUCGCGCAAUGGCCAUGUCGACGAAGCGAAGCCUGGUGAUCCUCGAUGAGGUGGGCAGGGAGUGUCGCAGCGAUGAUGGCGCGGGCCUGUUCAUCGCUACGAUCUUCGACUUCCUCCAUCGAGGACCCGAUUGCCCAGUUGUCCUCUCUGCUACGCAUCACCUUCGAGCGAUCGAGCGCCACCUUCCACCCUCCCUCCCGAUCCAGCGUGCGCACAUGCAGACGCUCCUCCUGCCCACCCUCGCGGAAAGCCACAACUCGCUCACGUACCUCUACCGUCUCAAGCCGGGUUUCGCCGGCACGUCGCAUGCGUGCCACUGCGCGCGACUGUGCGGUGUGCCUGAGUCGGUCGUCGAGCGAGCUGACCGGAUCACCCGCAUCGGGCUGCGCGCGUGCCACGAUGCGGAGGCCGUCAAGGACGAGCAAAUCGUGAGGAGACUGUUGGGGCUGAGGCUAGGAAACGAGGGCGAGGGCGAGGAGCAGGUGAGGGACAUGGACGAUGAUGCGGCAAAGAGAUUGAUUCAGUGGGUGUUGGAGGGCGAUGAAGAGGAAAUGGAGGGGGAGCUGUUUCGAGGUGGGAUGUCGGUGAGUGAGGUCGAGCGGGCGUCUGCUGGUCCGAGCAGCAGGGUAUGA